AUGGUAGCAAUUGAUGAAGAUAAACUAAGAUCGCUUUUUUAUAUUUGCGAAAUGGUAUCCAUUGUAAAUGUUCUAAACUUAAAGAGGAGUGAUAGUCUCUCUCUUAUAGUUUACUUAAUUGCUCAGAUGUUUAUGUUUCUUUACUUUGCUUAUGUUGCUAUUUUAACUAUAUGUAAGGAGUAUUUCAAGGAUUUCUAUGCAAAAUAUUAGUAAACCUUCAUCAAAAUAAAUGAACUGUUGAACAUAUAUUUUACUUUCUACCUGAAUGUCUUUCUUUCAUAAUAUAUUGAGCUCAAUUGUUCUUUGUUGUUUUGUGGCUAAAAAAGUAUUCUUUCAAAUUAAUAUUCUCAAUUUAUAACACCUGGAAAUACAUGUACAAUUCCUACUUGGUAAGUUAUAGUAUCUAUCUUUGGUAUUAGUUUAGCGGUUAUGACAGCAUUUAUAACGAGCUAUUAUUUUAGAAAUUAUGAAUUUCUAGAAAAAAACAUUUUAAAAAGAAAAUCAACAAUUCUUUUUUAAAUUUUGAUAACUAUUAGAAUAGUAUUUCCGUUUAUUGACUUUAAUGGAGACAUUUAAGGAACUAAGCAGGUGAAGCAUGUGCUUUCUUAAAUUUAUGGUUGCGUCAGUAUUAUUGACUACUUUCUUUCGAUCCCUUUUACUGACUAAGAGAUUUCUAAAUUUUAUUUGGUUAUAAUAGCUUAUUUCGAAGGAAUAGUAACAUGCAGCAACUUAUUUUUGUUAAGUGGAACAAUUAAUGGUUAAGAGAUGUUCUACAUGUGUAUCUUAAGUACUUUAGUCUUAAGUGCUACUCUACAAUCAGCACUAAAUUACAAGUAUGAAUCAAUGCUUAAGGGGAAUUGGGUAAUCGAUUAAAUUAUUCCAAAUUUAGAUUAUUAUCUAGAAUAAAUCAUUCUCUUAGGAGAAAAAAGCAGUUACAAUGAAGAAGCUAAAAUCCUAAUUCAAAAAAUUUAUAAAUUGCAUCGGAAUGGUUGUAAAAUAGAAAAUUGUAUUUGUCAUCAAUAUCCUUGCCUCAACAUGAAAAUAAUAAGUGAAUUUUCUUCAAAUUAAAAGCAGGAAACAAUCAAAGAAACUACUGAUAAAGAAAUCAGUCAUCUAAUACAAAAUGAAAUAAAUAUGAGAUUAAUAUACAAAUUUGUCGAUAGCAUAUUUUAGUGGAUGUUUUAACAGAAAUGUUUGAGCUAAAGCACCUAAGAAUUUGAAAAGCUUUCAUUGAAAUAUAUAUCUUUUAUGAUGAAAUACUAGAAUAAUCAAGUAAGAGCAUAUUAUGAAUUAAAAAUAUUGCAGCUUAAAAAAAGUUCUUUUUCUAUUUACUUCAAAAUGAUAUCCAAUAUCAUCAGUUAAAAGAUUUAAGAAAAUAUCGAAUCUUAAACUGACUCAGGUGAAUCAUAAAGCUCAAAAAUUCUGGGAGCUUAGAAAAAAAACAAUAAGAGCUCUAAAUUUAACAGGACAACUAAAAAUGAGCUAACAGUACAAUCAAUUGUAGAUGUUGAAUAAAUCUGUUCUAAAUACAUACCUUUGUUUUUAGAAGUUAUAGAUUGUAAGCAUGACCUUUGGGUUAAGUUAUAAAAUGGGUACAAAUGUAUGAAUGAUUUCUAAGUUGAUGCUAUUAAACUAAUGAAGAAGUUGAAUUCAAUUAAGAACCUCUAUUUGAGAGAAAUGAGAAAAGUUUAAUAUAUCAACCCUGAUGUUGAAAACAGUUUAUAAUUUAAAAAGUUAACUUAAAUAUUUUACUUGUUUGUAGUUAAUGAUACAAUAAAGUCUAUCUCACUAGAAACUCAGAUAGUCGAAUUAAAAAAGAGAGACACUCUCGCUGAAAUAGACUAGUUAAAAAAUAUAAGUAUGAUUAAAGGAGAUAUAUGCGUUAUAGAAAUUAGUCUAUCUGAAAAUUUAGGCAGAAUUGUAAGUAAAAAAGAUGAAAAGACAGCAUCAUUUUUUGGAUUCACUUAAAAGCAAGAUUUUAUGAAAAUAAAUCAUAUCAGUGACUUAAUGCCUAAUUUUAUUGGAAGGGUUCAUAAUGACUUAUUGAAAAAUUUCAUCUAAGGGCAGUCUAUUAGAUCAAAAACAUAAAACACAACACUUUAUUCUCAUAUUAAAUUAAACGAUGGUUACAUAUUCCCUGUAAAGAUUCACUUUGAUUACUCUUUUUACACUUCAUCUCAAGAUUUUCGAAUGAAUGGAAUUCUUUUAAAGAAUAGAACCGAGUAAGAUUAUAUUAUUUUCCAUAGAAGUGGUAAAAUUGUUGGUAUGACAAAACAUAUAGCCAAGAUACUUUUCCAAGAGUUCAACAGAUUACCGAACGGAGAUGCUGCUAUUUAAAAACUCAAUGCUUUAUUGAUGUUUCCUAAAAUAGUGAAAAAGAUCAUUAAAAAUCGAGAUUUAAUUAUCUAAGAUCUAACAGAAAAAAGUAUAUAAGAUUAAUAACUCUUGGGAGACACUAAUACAGCAAUUGGACUUAAGUCGAAAAGUGCUUGUACUAUGUCUACAUUGAUUGAAGAUUCUAGAGGUUCAAUGAAAUUUUCUUCAAAUCCAUUUAGUGCAUAAAGAAAAUUCAUAAACUAUUUAAAUAAAAAAAUAUAGCUAUCAUAGGGUUCGCUCAAAAAUAGCUAUAGGUAUGAUGACAUAGACAUACUAGAUAAAUCUAGUAUAAAGUUGCUAAAAUAAUACGAAGAAGCAAAUAUAGGCUAGAGCACGAACAGAAGUCAUCAUGAUUCAUCAGAAAGGCUUUUAUCAGGAAAAGGGGCCUAAGCAAGAGAUCUGGAAGAUAUAAAUUUAUUUAAUAACACAAAAGUGAUAUAAACGAUAACCACCUAAAAUUCUAAAUAGCUUAAUUAAAUGGAAUAUAAAAUGAAAUUUGAAUAUCAACUUUAAUACUGUUUAUUAAACCAAAAAACAUAAUAAGCUUACAUUAAGUAAAAAAAUAAAUCAAUAAGUAACUAAUUUACGAUGAAUACGAAGUAAAAUGAAAGCUAAGAUCAACUGUAAGAUAUUUACUUUUAGAUAAGGAUUGAAAAUGUCUCAACAAAAUAUCGCCCUAAAAAAAUUAAAUAUAAAGCUUUAGAAACUUUUUAAAGAAAUUUAAUAAAAUAUCUUUAAUCAACUACUUCUGUAUUUUAAUUAGCCAGCCAAUUAGAAAAAAUUCCACUUUUAAAAAAUGUAAAUAAUUCAGGUAUGGACACAACUGAUGAAAUAAAAAUGAGCUCUUAAGAAAACAAUAAGAUAAGUAACGAAUCAACUUACUUAAUAGAUCAAUUAGCUCCUCCAAGAUCUAUUUCUGCCAGAGAAGAUUUUAUUAAUAUUCCAAAAAAAAUGCUUCAGCUACUUCAAUCACAGCAGUUGGCUUCUGCACUAGAUGAUGAGUAAGUAGUUUAGAAAAUAAAUUAUGAAAAAGAAGAAAAUAUGGAGAAAAAGAAUGAUUCUUCAUUUAAAAGCAGUAACACGAGUUAACUAGAUGAAAGUGAUAUAAGCGAAGAUGUAGAUUUUGAUAAAAUUUAUAAUUAAGUUGCUUAAUAAAUAAAUAGCAAUAAAAUGAGUAAAGAGUUUGAAGAUUCACAUAAUUCAUAAUUAGAGAAUAUAGUUAAUACUUUUUGUGCAUAAAAAAGUCAAUUAAUUUAAAUAGAUCCAAAUUAUCAGGUUAAAAAAAUAUUACAGAAAAGGACAUUGUGCUAUACUUUUAGUAAAGCUUUUGAAAUAGCUUUUACUGAAAUUGCAUUUAAUUUGGAAUUAGAGAGAAGAGAUCCGAAGUACUCUAAUUAAGAAAAAGUUCUAAAUUUUGAAAAAAUCAAAAAUGAAGAUAUAUAAACUCCUGUUACUUUCAGACAACAAACUGAUAAUUCAAUCAUAGAUAUUAGCAUAGAUAAAAUUCCUGUUAAAAACUUGGCAAUGUUAGAGAGUAAUACACAAAGAGAUGCAAAAAAGAUAUUCAUGCAGGACUUAAAAUCUCAAAAUUAUUUAAGCUAAUAAAUUACAGAUAACAAUUUGGACUAAACAUAUAGAAGUGAAUUAAAAAAUAUUUAAGAGAAUAUGGCAUAAGUUUAAUAAAAUAUAUUUGAUCUAUCUAAAUUUUAAGGAUUCGAUACUAGUGUAGAUGUAAACUAAAAACAUGUUGAUUAAAGAGAAAAAGUAUAAGAUUAAUCAUACUUAGAUAUUUCAGCUCGUCCAAUCCUAGACUAAUCAAAUUCUUAAAUGUAAGAAUCUAAUAUUAAAUAGAGAUAAUCUAUGUUAGAUGACAGUUAGCUCAUUCAUUCAAGACAGAUAUCUUUACAAUAAGCAGAAACAAUGCUUGAUUAGAAAGGAAGAUAGGAUUUAAAAGACUAAGUAGGAUAUUCAAUAAAAAUAAAUGAAUAAAAUGAAAAGUUAUAUAAUGUAUAAAAUGAACAAAAGAAUUUAGAUAUGAAUAUUAAUAGCAUGAACAAUAGUUCAUAAAAAGAUGAAAAUGAAGAAAUUGAAGACUCAAAUAACAUGGAUUAGGCAGUCGCUAAAAUUUUAAAUCAAAAAGGAAUGAAUUUAGGAAAAAAUAGUCUAUAAAGAGCAAGUGUAAAUUCAUCUACACGAACCUCUAGUAGCUAUGCAGGUGUAUUCUUAAAAGAAAUUUUGAUCAAGCAGAAGAUUCCAAAGCCAGCUUUGCAAUAUAAAUUCCUUUUAAUUUUAUUUUUAGUUACAUUUUUAUCUUUAGAUAUUACAAAUCUUGUAAUUAUCUAGAACGAUAUGCAGAGAUUUUCGAGCAACGUAGUAAUACUAAGAUAACCAAGAAAGUUACUGAGAGCUUAUGGAAAGGUGCUGUUUGGUUAUUAUCUCUCAUUAGAAUUAAAACUAGGAUACUUGAUAGAUACAGAUGGUUCUAUUAAAUCUGCUUACUCAGACUAUAUUAAUAGCUCAAUAAAAGAAUAUAAAAACAUUUCUGAGACUUAUAAUAUACAGCUUAUGUAAGUGCAGCAAUAGCUGAUGGCAUAAAAUGGUACUGAAGAAUUUACUUACUCUGUCUAUGUUAAACGAAAGUAGUUUUUUUAGAAUAUUUCAGUAGCAUUAUAAUUUAGCUCUUAAGAGUAAUACAUUUAUUAAAUGAACCAAACAUUUGAAGAUUAGAUAAGAAUUGAUUCCUUUUUAUAUUUAAGAUAAAAUUAUUUUGAUUUUAGUAAUGAAGUUUUAGAUACUGUUAACUUUUUAGUUAAUGAUACUGUAAGUUCAGUAAAUAGCUUAACAAGCAAAUUUUAUGCUGUGAUUAUUUGUGCAAUUUUUGGUAUUAUUUUUGUUGCAAUAGUGUCUAUUCCAGUGAUUAAAUAAAUAAACUUCUAUGAGGAGAAAAUAAUGAUGAUUGUAACAAGAAUAAAUUAUGAUCAAUCUGAAAUGGAAAAAGCCAAACUUCAAGUCUGUAAACAACUAGUUAAUGUCGAUUACAUAGAUUGGCUGAAUUAUAACUAUUUUGAUAUAUUUAACAUGCAAGCCAAAUCAAAGAAAGAUUUGAAUUAAUCUUAAUCUUCAAAGCAUAAUUCACAGCAAAACUAGCUUUCUUUGCUAAGUUCAAAAAAUAAAAUGAGGAGUCCAGCAAAUGUAAAAUAAGCAAAAAAAUAAUUACAGAUCUCAGGAGCUUAACUCUUUGAAACAAGCAACUUUUAGAUGAAUAGCACUGCAUAAAUGGGAAAAAGCUUUUUUUCUUCAUAACCCAAAAUAAAAAAUUAACUUCACUUGACCAAAUAUAAUUAGUAAAAGUAAAUCUUAUAAAAUCAGAAUGGCAAUAUCAAUAAAAGUUAAGCCAAAUAAAUACUAGGUUCAAGUAAUAAAUUUGGAUCAUCAGGAAAUAAUUAUACUCUUCAGUCCAAAAUAGGUGUAUAAAAUUUGAGAAUAUUUGAUAGAUUCUAAACAUUCUUUAUUUUGACAAUUUUGAACACAAUCUUUUUUUUAAUUAUCAUCAUUUAUUUAAGCUAAAGUAAUGAUUCACUUAAAGUUCCUGUAUAAAUGAAUUAAAGAAGUAUUAAUUUACAUAUUAUUAUGGUAAACUUAAAAAUUGCCACAGAGCUUUUGUCUUUUGAUUUUUAUGUGAGAGAUAACCUUUGGCCAGAUUAUUAAGUAACUAAUCUUGAAAAAUACUUUAAUUAAAUAAAUUAAAGCUUGUUAACUCUAAAUAAUAUACAACAAUAAAAUACUGAUAUCAUUUAUGGUAAAAAUCCUUUCCCAUAAAGCGUUGUUGCUACACUGAAAGAUUUGCAAGAAGGAAGAGGUUGCCAAUAUCUUUAAACUUAUUUAUGCAACAAUUAGACAUAAGAAUUAGGAAUUAUAAAUGUUAUAUCAUAAAAAAAUAAAUUUGUUACAGAAUAUCCAGAAGUUUUAGAUCCUAGUAAGCCUCCAGUAAAUUAAUUGUUUGUCUUUUUGAAUGGAUAACCGCAUUUGGAAGGUUUUGUAUUCAGCUUUUAAAGUGAAGAUGAGUUAUUUGAUGUUUAUAGUUCCUAAAUAAAUUCAAGUAUAUCCACUGUUUCCUUAAGUAUAUAAAAUUUUUUGCAAAACUACUUAAUAUACGGAGGAGUAUUGUUUGGAGUAAUUAUAUUUAUUACUAUUUUUAUUCAUUGGAGUCUUUCAUUUAUUAGAAUUUAAGAAAUGAACUUACUCCUCACUAUUAUACCAGAAGAUAAAUUAUAAGAAGAAGUAACACUUCAUAUGAUUCGCUAGCUUCAUCGUAUGUGA